UCUCAUUUUUCUAGCUUUGUGAGAAAUUGGUCACUGCAGAAUAGAAACAUUUUAGAGUUAAACUGGUGUUUCUGGGAUUCUCAAGAUUAGACUCCAGCUUGGUCCUCUGGGCCCUCAUGGCUCCUCUGGGCCCUCAUGGCUCCUCUGUUAUCAGAUCUCCAGCUGACAGGUUAUCGGUCAUCACACCAGAAUAUUACCCAGAAUCCACCAGGAGCCGGAGGUCGGAGAGAAACCAGAAACCUGCAGCUUCUGAUCCAGCAGCAGGAAGUCAGAAUGAUCAGAAAAACGUCUAAAUGUCAGAUGGAAAGUUUGUCUUUUUGUUUUGUUUUUGUAAUUGUGUGUUUGUUUAGUUUUGUUUGUGUAGUGUCUCAUCUUGUUUGUGUCUCAUUUUUCUGAUUUUCAUCUCGUUCUCUCUGGUUUUCUGUCCCUAUCUCUGACCAGAGACAGACUAACCAGGUUAAACUGACUCUUGUUUCUGUUUGGAGCUGAUGCUGUACACUGCAACAAGUUUCUGUAGUUUUUACAGUAAUAUUACUGUAAAAUGACCAAAUAUCUACUGUAGAACCUGUUUACAGUAAGUUGCUGUAGAUCUGCAAUGCAUCAUGGGUAAAAUUCACUGAGAGGCUAGAUUUACAGUAAAUAAUUUUUUUACUGUAAAUCACAUUACAGUAACUUUCAGCAGUACAUUUUGCAUCGUUCCAACAAACAUAUUUUCUUCAUCAUCAUGAAAAGGAGGAGGAGCCGCCAUCUUAAUAUUCUCCUGAACUUUAACAAAUGUCUGGCCGCCUGUUUUAUUUCAAACUCAUUUCCCGGACCUCCCUCAUCAAGAUUCUACUUUUUUGUCCGUGACUCCAGCAGGUAACUCACUUCAUUGUUUUGUAAUUUUACGUUAAAUUGAAGCAGUUUGGUCAGGUAACGGCCGGUGUGUCCAACGGUAACUGAGAGAAGAAAAGAGACGCUCUCCUCAGCUAGUCAGAGGACUGGACUUCAGCUGACUACUUGCUGAUGAAAUUUUGACAGAGUUUGUUUUUUACAUUUGUUGAUAAUGUUAAGAAGUUAGCCAAGGUAAUGUUACCGGAUAAACGUUAAAUUUAAACCGUGGGCAUUAGAGCGCGCAUGUCUUGCUCUCUGUAUGUGUUAGCUAUGUCCGUUAGCUACGUCUGUUAGCUAGGUGUGUAUGUAUGCGUGUGCUCGUGUGAGCGUGUUAGCUCCGUCAGUCAGUGUGCGAGCUAGGUCUGUUAGCUACGUCUAUUGGCUAGAUCUGUUAGCUACGUCCAUUGGCUAGGUCUGUUUGCUACGUCCAUUAGCUAGGUCUGUUAGCUACGUCCAUUGGCUAGGUCUGUUUGGUACGUCCAUUGGCUAGGUCUGUUUGGUACGUCCAUUAGCUAGGUCUGUUAGCUACGUCCAUUGGCUAGGUCUGUUUGGUACGUUCAUUAGCUAGGUCUGUUAGCUACGUCCAUUGGCUAGGUCUGUUAGCUACGUCCAUUAGCUAGGUCUGUUAGCUACGUCCGUUAGCUAGGUCUGUUAGCUACGUCUAUUGGCUAGGUCUGUUAGCUACGUCUAUUGGCUAGGUCUGUUAGCUACGUCCAUUGGCUAGGUCUGUUAGCUACGUCCAUUAGCUAGGUCUGUUAGCUACGUCCGUUAGCUAGGUCUGUUAGCUUCGUCCGUUAGCUAGGUCUGUUAGCUACGUCCGUUAGCUAGGUCUGUUAGCUUCGUCCGUUGGCUAGGUCUGUUAGCUUUGUCCGUUAGCUAGGUCUCUUUGGUAAAUUUUAUCUCUCGUUUUUCUGCUGUUUGCUGCUGAGAUGAAUCUGAUGACCAAAGCAGGCCAGACAAACAACACAUUGAAAGGUAAGACUUUGACCCAGUUACAGAAUGUAAUGUAAUCUUCUAUUUUCCCAGCAGAAUUUUCUGGUAAAGCUGCUCUUUUGACAGAGAAAGACUUAGUGGACCAAAUCUGCUGGCUGUAUCACACUGACAUGGGCAGUAAAUAGCACUAUAUGGGUCACUUUAACCAUGUUUUUCUUCUUUACUUGUUUAAUGUAUGAUGCGUUUUGUGUUUAAAGAUUUCUGUCAGGAUAAAUCCAGAGCAGAUAAGUGUGCCUCCAAGGUUCAAGCAGAAGUUACUGGUACUGGUCAGAUGGUGCUAUGAGAAAAUGGGUCCCUUGGUCCACAUGUGGAAUCAUUCAGCUGGGACAGAACAGAUAAUACCAGUUUUAAUGAAGUAAACCAGUGAAUAAAGUAGCCCGCUUUCACACAGAGUAUUCCCUGUACUACCUGAUAAACAUCAGGCUGAGGUUUUACCGGGAGGAGGCGGGUCGGUGCGGAGACCUCAGCUGUUGGAGGUUCGGCUUCAGUUCUGAACCAGAAGCAGCACCAUGUGGAUCCGAGAGACCGGGACCUGUAGACCGGAGCUGCCCGGACAAGGACUAAGGAGCUCUGCGGGGAUCAAGUUCUGGAGACGUCUCCUCCGGUGCGUCUUUACGCGCUGAUCCGGUUCAGACAUGGAGACCUGCUGCCUGCUGCUGGUCCUGGUCCUGGUUCUGGGCUCCGGGGUCCAGCAGACCCGCUCCCAGCACUACUACCUGCUGCGGCCGGUGCCCGGAGGCUCCCUGCCGGUGGAGCUGCUGCGGGAGGACCCGGACCCGCUGCUGGACCCGGAGGAGAAGGACCUGAACGAGACGGAGCUCCGCGGGGCGCUGGGGGGACACUUCGACCCGCGGGUCAUGUCGGUGUCCGCCCCGGAGGACCGGAGCCCCGGAAAGGACCGGGACGAGGUGGAGCGGCUGCAGCUGAGCGGCUCCGUGCUCAGACAGAUCCGGACUCUGGACUUCUCGGCGCCGCUCGGCAGGAAGCAGCGGCGGCGGCUGCAGCUGUGGCUCCGGUCCUACGGACUCUGCCCGGUGCUCCGGACCUGGAGCGACCUGGGGAGCCGCUUCUGGCCCCGGUACGUGAAGGUGGGCAGCUGCUACAGCCGGCGGUCCUGCUCGGUACCGGAGGGGAUGCUGUGCAGACCGGCCAAGGCCUCCAGCUUCACCAUCCUCCGGUGGCGCUGCGUCAGGAAGACCGGCCUCCGGUGCGCCUGGAUCCCGGUUCAGUACCCGGUGGUGACGGAGUGCAAGUGUUCCUGCAGCGGCUGACUGGAGACAGACUGGAGACUAGAAACUAGAGACUGGACGAUGAACCAGAAAAACAGUUUCUGACUUUAAAGGGUUUUAGGAGGUUUCUCUUCAUUUUCAGACUGAGUGAAUCCAGCAGAAUGUUUAUCUGAAGAACAUGGUUUUAUUUUAUUAUCAUCACAUCUACAAGCUUUAGUGAAACUUUAUGUUUUUCUUUGGACAAUUUUGAGCCAAACUCAGAAAGUUUGUUAGAAUCUGAAUUUUUCUAGAAACUUUUUAGUAAAAUAAAACAGGACGGUCCGUUUAUAAAAGUCUCUGUUUGUUCAUUUUUUCUGAAAUCAGUCAAAAAAAUUGCAGACAAACUGAGGAAACUGUUCCUGAAGCGUUUCUUUAACGUCUUUAGAGUGUUUUUAAUCUGUCAGAUUGCUGUUUUCUGGUGUUUUCAUGUCAGAAAUGUUCUGUUUAGAAGCAGCAGAAAAUACAAAAGAUUCUUCAACAUCUGUGAAUAAAAAAGAUGCAAAGGACACAAUAAGCACAAAAUAAAUACAAAAAUACACAAAAAAGUGCACAAAAUACCUACAAAGAAACACAAAAUAACUACAAAAAUAAACAAAAAAUGCAAAAAUGAACAAAAUAUUAUAAAAAUACAUAAAAUGAUACAAAGAAACUCAAAAUAUUUACAAAAUAUACAAAAAGAUUUAAAAUAUGCAAAUUAUUCAGAAAUACACAAAAUGAUACAAAGAUAAAUACAAAAAAACAAGAAAUACCCCAAAUACCUACAGAGAAAUGCAAAAAAGAUACAAAGAAACACAAAAUAACUACAAAAAUCAGCAAAAUUAUAAAAAACAUCAAAUUAAGACCGAGACACCAAAAGAAGCAAACUAACUAAACAGACUCUGACUCAUCGUUUAUCAGAAGUUUUUCUCUGUCAUUAAGUUCAAAGAACGUUUCAUCUCCUGUCCUUGACUCCACAAACUAACGGCUUCAUUCAUGUUUAAUUAACUGGAAGCUUCUGAUCAAAAUCAUCUCUGGUUCAGUAUUUAGACAAACUGCAAACCAGAGUUUGUGUUCAUAAAGUUGAUUUAAAACCACAAAGAGACACAAAAAGACCAGAAGAAGAAACAAAUCAGCUUUAAAGAGACGACAAACAGACAACAACAACACAAAGACGUAGAAAAUAAAGACAACGAGACCCAAAGAGACGCACAACAACACAAAGACACAAGAAACUACAGAGAGAUGCAAAAUACACAAAACAGACAGUAAAUGGAUUCCAACUAAUUAUAAAGAGACACAAAAAGAGAAAAAAACCAGAAGACACAAGACAUAAAACAAACUAUAAAGGGACACGAGAACACACAACACAACCGCAAAAAUUGGAAAACAACCACAGAAAGGCACAAAAAAACACAAAGAGACACAAUAAGACAUAAAAGAACUAAAAAGAGAUGCAAAAGACCCAAUACCUCAACAGAGUGACAGAAAAAUCUGUAAAAACAGCCAGUAAGAGGUCUAGGAAGACACAAAACCACUAUAAAGAGAAACAAAGAGAGAAAACAGACACACAAAAAUGUGUAAAAACAAGAAACAGAAGCAAAAUAGCGACAAAAACCACAACUCAGACACACAUCUGUGAGGAAUCUCUGGUUCCUUUGAAUUUUUUAUUAAUGAUUAGUAAUAAUGACAAUAAUAGGAAUUAUCCUCUAUACACCACUUUAUCCUCACUAGGGUCAUGGGGGGUGCUGGAGUCAAUCCCAGCUGACUCAGGUGAAGGCAGGGGACACCCUGGACAGGUCACCAGUCUGUCACAGGGCUACAUAUACAGACACACAAUCACACUCACAUUCACACCUACGGACAAUUUAGAGUAACCAAUUAACCUCAGCAUGUUUUUGGACUGUGGGAGGAAGCCGGAGUACCCGGAGAAAACCCACGCAUGCACAGGGAGAACAUGCAAACUCCAUGCAGAAAGAUCCCAGGCCGGGAUUUGAACCGGGGAUCUUCUUGCUGUAAGGCCAAAGUGAGAAACCCCUAAAAAUGAAAAUCUGCUCCAAAUGUCUCACUAAUAAUCAUUAUCAGUCUUAAAGGCAUUAGAGGAGAUUUAAUUUCCUACGACUUUGAACGUAGCAUGCGCACAUACAACCUCUCCCUCACCCCCCUCUAACCUCCCCCCUCUUAACAUUUACGAAGAAACGCCCCCCUCCAGAAACUUGCGUAGGACUCGUGAAGUUGUCUUUUACGGCUGGGUCCCCCUGGAUCUUUAUCUGCCAUUAUGUAAAAAAAGAUGAGCAAAACAAGUCGCCAGCUAACUACGAAGCUAUACCAAAGCAACACAUACAGAAAACACGUAAGUCCAAGGCGUACGUAAUCUACGUAACUAGGCCUGAGCCGGAAGAUUUUUGAUUGACAGGAAAGGGAGCAAACCAAACGCCUCGGUCCGAGCUCAUUGAUUGGCUGAUGUUUUUCAGGUCCUGCCAUGUCCACAGUUAUUUUUAUUUAUUUUUUAUUCUUUAAGAGACCAUACAUACAAGUCCACUAAAGGUCAGUAUAUUCAUUUUAUGUGAAUCAGACAAAUUAAACAAAAAAAAAAAAAACAUCCUCCAUAAUGCCUUUAAAAA